AUGGAAGCAACACGGCACGUGUCGGCCCACUGGCUUUCAGCUUUAGUCCUUCUUUGUUCCUUCUGCUCCACCCACUCGUUUAAUAAUAAAGUUCACGAGCACAUGACAUCAGACGAAGUUCGGAGUGUCUUUCAUGUAGACCAUCACAGCCAAAUACCAAAAUACCACGUAGUACACCUCACCCACCAUCUGUCUAGGCGGAACAUUGCCACCUCACACCCAUCAAACACCCAUUCAACGACAAGCGGGAAAAUUCCCCAUGAAAAGAUCUCAAAAAGCAAACCAGUACUAUCUCUCCUUAAAGAUGAAAUGUUCGUCAAAGCUAAGGAAUACGUUAAGGAUGUUGAUAUUGUCGGUGAUUUAAAUAAUAAAGUGAAUUUGCAAUUUGACGUGUCAAGUUCUAGUGAUAGUGUAAGUGAAGGUGAUAGGGAAAAUGCAGCGGAAGAUCAGGAAGAUGAUGUUCAUAAGAUCGAGUUGGAAGCUUUUGGGAAGCAGCUCAAGCUGGUGUUAAGAAAACAGGAGGGUCUGGUGAAGAGAGAUGGACUGAAGAUGUGGCGGGUGUUGACCAAUGAAUCACAACCACAUGGAAUUGACUACGAAGAGAUGAAAUCGGAAGACAGCGAAGAAAUUGGUGAUCUCUACCAGGACGAUGAGAACGGAGCAGCUUUACUGAUCAGAAGACAUCCCAAGCAUGGAAGGCUUGUAGUGGAAGGAUCGAUUGGCCACGACCUGGUGAUAAGGCCCAUCCCCGACUCUAUGACGGCGCAAGACGACGAAAUGUUCAUGGAUCCCAGAACUAUGAGCGACAUGGUCUCAAUAGACACUGGGCUGCCUAUUGUAAAAAGGAGAAAAAUUCAACAAGAACAAAUACAAGAGGCGCUGAGAGGCGCCGGGCAUGUUAUCAUUAAGCGAGAUCCAGCAGAAAGCGACCAUCUAAGUGAUUACGCCUUCAUGGAACCAGACCACAUAGGCAAGAGGUUCAGGCGGAAAAGAUCGACAGAUUCACACAGCAGACGAAAACGGGAGGCACCAUAUGUGAUAUACCCUGAAAUCCUUGUCAUUGUAGAUUACGAUGGUUAUAGAUUGCAUGGAGGUGAUAAUUUGCAAAUUAAAAGGUACUUCGUAUCUUUCUGGAAUGGUGUAGAUCUAAGGUAUAAACUUUUGAAAGGACCCAGAAUAAGGAUAUCUAUUGCCGGAAUUAUUAUAUCUCGGGGUCGUGAUGCGACACCAUAUCUAGAAAGAAACCGCGUAGGUCGAGAUGCGAUCGACUCCGCCGCCGCUCUCACUGACAUGGGCAAGUAUCUCUUCAGAGAGAGGAGGUUGCCUGUUUAUGAUAUAGCUGUUGCUAUAACCAAACUAGACAUGUGCAGAAGACAGUAUGCGAACGAUGCGUGCAAUAGAGGGACUGCAGGAUUCGCGUACGUCGGUGGGGCGUGUGUGGUGAACAAACGAUUAGAAAAGGUCAACUCAGUUGCUAUUAUUGAAGACACUGGUGGUUUUUCUGGUAUCAUUGUUGCUGCACAUGAAGUAGGACAUUUGUUAGGAGCAGUACACGAUGGUAGUCCCCCACCCUCUUAUCUAGGCGGUCCAGGAGCUGAGAAGUGUAGAUGGGAAGACGGAUUCAUUAUGUCAGAUUUAAGACACACUGAGAAAGGUUUCCGGUGGUCCCCUUGCAGUGUACAGAGCUUCCACCACUUUUUAAAUGGUGACACUGCAACGUGUUUAUACAAUUCACCCCAUGAAGACGACUCGUUACCACGAGUGUUGCCCGGAAGGCUACUCACAUUAGAUGCUCAAUGUAGGAAGGAUAGAGGAACUAGUGCAUGUUUCAAAGACGAGCGGGUGUGCGCGCAACUGUUCUGCUUCGACGCGGCAAGCGGCUACUGCGUGGCGUACCGACCCGCUGCCGAGGGCUCUCCGUGUGGGGACGGACAGUACUGUAUAAACGGGCGGUGUAUUACCGAGCACGAAAAUAUAAUACCGGACUAUUCACAACACACGCCGAGCUACGUGCGACCUGAAACUAGUCCAUUCUACGGUAAUAUCACGAGUACUGAAGCAACCACUGAGCCGUACGUGGCUAGUACAGAAGCACCAGAGACUAACAAGCCUAACUAUUACUCUUAUUACCAAAAGAAAAACGAUUACUCAACAACGACGACGACUCAAUCCACUAUGAAUCCAUACAAAUAUUACUACCACACAACAAAACAGACCGAGCUGACGGAAAAAUCAACUGAAGCAACACAAAGUACACCAACACCUAAAUUCAAAUUCUCAACCACAAAAAAUCCUUACGAUUUCAAUGAUUUCACAACAAAGUCACCUAAAGUAGAACCGAAACGUGGUUUCCUCAGUAAAGACGAAUUGGAUAGUUACUUCGGAGGAAGUACGACGAAAAGCCCUUUCUCGGACAAAGGAUUCAAAUCAGUAUUCAAAAUUGGAACUUAUUACUCUCAAGCGAAGUCUUCAGACAAUUCCAUUAGACCUGACGCGAAUUCUCAGCAAGUUCAAAUAGAACCGGCAAGAUUACUUUUCUCUUAUCAAAGGAACUUGACAUCGGGAGAAAUUAUAAGAACA